ACGACCGUUAGGCAAACACAUUCCUUUGUAAGUAUAAGCAUGCUGAUCCUUACGCUCGACCAGGAAAUGCUCACUUUACAAGCUUCGUUUCUAACUUUAUGUCUGUCUGUCUGUCUGGCAACACAACAGCUUCCCUGUAUGUUGUUGUAAAGUCUUGUCAGUGUGGAUCCUCGGCAUGCCUGAGCACUGAGUACUGACCGCUGAGCCUCCAAGACUUGAUGGACACGCCGGUUUGAAGCAUUUCCCCUCAAAUUUCUGUUCCAUGCCUGAUCUCUGUGUUGCCACCUCAGAGGCUAAAUUCCAGGAUGUGCUAUCUGUACCUGCACCAUUCUCAAUUGCUCCUUCUGGCAGUCUUUCCGUCGCUACACUACUGCUUCUAAACCUGCAUACAGUGUUACAAAAUGACGCCUCUGCCACUAGAAUUUUCUUUUCCAAAAAGUCCCCUUUGCUUGAGUUGCCCAUAGAUUUUGUUUCAUGGCCUGUCCCACCAUUUCAAACAGCCUCGUCCCUUCGCGAUCGUGCCAGUGGUGCAUUUCAAGACGGAGAUAAAUCAGUGAUCCAUCCUUCGUUCCCUGAUGACCCGCUUCCUAUGUGGGUUGUGUCGUACUGGGUUGCCAUGUCGCAUGCUCUCGAGAAUCAGCGUGAUUGGCGUACCUCAUAUGACUGGGUCUUGGACCGACUCGAUGUUGUUCCAGCCAAUGGACAAGAGUUGGAAAUUGUUGAUGAUGUGCUAGAUGUCUGAGAGAGUCUUCCGUGGGAUGCCGCUCUCAAGGGAUUCGGUGCUCACACAAAUCUGAGGACUACCGAGCUCCGACCCCUGUUGGCAUCCUGCUCGAUUCAUGGACGUCUUUUGGACACCAUGAUUGCUGCAGUGGUUGAAGACCUCCAGUCUGUUUCUAUUGAAGACCCCCAGUCCGUUUCUGUUGAACCUCUUGACUUUGCAGAUAUCCUUCGGCUCAAUGAGACACGGUGGAAGAACUAUGAGACGGACCGGGCUUUUGUUCACCUUCGCACCAUUGGCUCUGCAUUGCAUGACGGCACAAUUAAUCGUGUUCUCUUCCCCAUCAAUAUCGACAAUGUUCACUGGGCUGCUAUCGAG